GGAUUAAUAAAGAAUUAUUGAAUUGAAUUGAAUUAACAUGGUCAUUCAGGUAUCUGCUGUAGUUCCAUACUGUGACCUGCAGAGGGCGGCAGUUGCAUACAGCGACCGGCGGGUGUCGCUGUGAGUUUAUUUGGGUCAGAUUGACGUCAUUGUUGGGGAAUGUUAAAGAUGGCGCUGGGCGGUGAGAGGAUUGUUGCUGCGGCAACAAGCUGAAAGGAUUUAAUUAAUCUUCCAGCGGCAGGGAGCUUCUCUUCCUUUCACGGACUAAAUACUUCAGGUUCUGAACCUCAACAUGAGCCCGGUAGAUCCGGUCAGACACCGGUAACCCUGUGGUGUCCCUCCCCGGUUAAAAUGGUAGCCGGAUCCUCUGAGAACAACAGAAGCUGCUGCGGAGUUCGGCCCACCGAGCCGGAGGAUAUUACGGUCGGGGCCAAGGCGUCUGUAGCGGACUGAGGGGUCAUGGAAACGCCGAAGGAGAACGGAGGCUCGGUUUCCGUGGAUCUGAACGAAAACGUAGAUGAACCGGUGGGUUUGGAGGUGAAACCGGGUCCCAGAACACUGAAGGAGCGCAGCUUGACGCUGCUAGUCGGUGUCAGCGGGGGUCAGGCAGCCGGCAGAACUCGGACUCAGGUGGAUCUAAACAGGAGGAAUGCAACCAAAGACCCGGAGAUCCUGCUGGUGGCUGCAGAGCACGGAUACCUCUCCGGACCGGUUCAUUCGGGGAUUUGUGGCGGUCUGAAUGGAUUUUUUGAGCAGCCUUUGGAAGCAGGAGAGAGGGGAGAAGGUGGAGGACCAGUCGCUUCCUGCCCAGCUGUGCUCCAGGAUCUGGUGUCUGCGGAUGAAGGACACUCCCGGGACUGCAAAGGGACUUUUCUCGAUGAUAGGUUGCAGAUGAACUCCUCCCGGACCUCAGCGGACCUCUCGGGCCCGGGUGUCAACGUGUCCCACGGGGUUGCUGACAGUCCUCAUGGGGGAAUGGAUCUGCUGGCCGUCCAGUUUCUGGGUCAGAGACUUGUUCAGUGUGACAUGGACGGCGAAGAAGUGAAGGUAGCCAACGGUGGUUUUCACAUGUUGAGCUCUGGUUGUGAGUGGCCCGGUUCGGAUUAUUUCCCUGUUAAUAGAGACAUUGAUCUGGGAUUCAGGCAGAACCAAGCUCCCAGCUGGGGCUACUGUCUGAGCAGCCACAGGGACCCUCAGUGCCCGAGAUCUGGUCCACCCUCAGCAGCUGACCCCUUUUGGGACUCCUCUACCCCAGAACCAAGGUCCAGCCUACCUUCACCUUGCCCCUCCAGUCCGCUGUCUAAGCCCAACACCAGAGAGGAGGAUGAGGAGGGUCUCAGUGACCCCUCUGUGCCGGUACGGCCGCAGAGUCUGAGGACUAACCCCACCACCACCGUGUCCCUCAGCUGUGAUGCCACCCCACUGUCCCCUGAUGGGGGUGGGGGCUUUUAUUUUGAGCCUGAGGCGGGGGUUCUGGAGGCAGGUCGGAGGCAGAGCGCCCCAGAUAAACUGAGCGAGGAGACCGAGGGCUCGGAGCUCAAAGUGAUGCCCAAAAGGUUCGGCAUUGCUGAUUUCUUCACCAGGAGCCUGUUUUCUAGGAAACCCAAAGAGUCUAAGGCAGUGUCCCACAAUGCAACAGGAUGGCGACUGUUUGGCAAGACGGAAAACAGAGAGGAGGAUCCCAGAGGGGAGCUGGCCGCCACGAUGUCUCCUCAGCAGCAGGAGGAAGAGGCGAAGGACUUGUGUGCGUCCUCGAGUCCCCAGUGCCCCCAGGCUGCAGGAAGGAGGAAGAACCUGGAGUUUGAGCCUCUGUCUACCACUGCUCUGAUCCUGGAGGACAGGCCGUCGAACCUGCCGGCAAAGUCUAUGGAGGAAACUCAGCGACACAGACUGGAGUAUGAGGAGAUGGUGGCAGGAGCCAAGAGGAGAGAGAUGAAAGAAGCCCAGAAGAAGAAGCGUCAGAUGAAGGAGAGACACCGACAGGAGGACAGCAUCUCCAAUGCCAUGGUGAUCUGGAACAAUGAGAUCUUGCCCCACUGGGACACCAUGAAGGGGACGCGGCGGGUCAGGGAGCUCUGGUGGCAGGGACUUCCUCCUGGAGUCCGAGGAAGAGUGUGGAGUCUGGCCAUCGGGAACGAGCUCAACAUCACGCCAGAGCUGUAUGAAAUCUUCCUGUCCAGAGCCAAAGAGAAGUGGAGGAGUUACAGCGAGACCAGCUCGGUCAACGACAACGAGAGCGAUGGAGGAGCUUCGCUGGCUGACAGAGAGUCCAGUCUGGACCUCAUCAAACUGGAUAUUUCCAGAACCUUCCCGUCUCUGUUCAUCUUCCAGAAGGGCGGUCCUUACCAUGACCUGCUGCACAGCGUGCUGGGAGCGUACACCUGCUACAGACCCGACAUCGGCUACGUCCAGGGGAUGUCGUUCAUCGCUGCUGUUCUGAUCCUCAACCUGGAGGAGGCUGAGGCCUUCAUCACCUUUGCCAACCUUCUCAACAAACCCUGUCAGAUGGCCUUCUUCAGAGUGGACCAUGAGCUGAUGUUAAAGUACUUCACAUCCUUUGAGAUCUUCUUCGAGGAGAAUCUGCCGCGCCUCUUUGGCCACUUCCAAACCAACAGCCUGACCCCUGACCUCUACUUGAUCGACUGGAUCUUCACUCUGUACAGCAAGUCGCUCCCUCUGGACGUGGCGUGCCGAGUGUGGGACGUCUUCUGCAGAGACGGCGAGGAGAGUUUGUUCCGGACGGGGCUGGGAAUCCUGCGGCUGUACGAGGACGUCCUGAUGCAGAUGGACUUUAUCCACAUCGCUCAGUUCCUGACGCGCCUGCCGGACGACCUGCAGCCGCAGACGCUCUUCACGGCCAUGGCCAACACGCACAUGAUCAGCAGGAACCGCCGCUGGGCUCAGGUGUUUUCUGCUGUGAUGAAGGAUGGAAACAUUAAAGAGGCGGAGAAAUCCAGCAGCCCAGCUUUGAGAAGCUAACACUAGUUCCUGCAGCUGUGAAGCUGGACGCUGGACCUGAAGCCAAACUCAGAGCAGAAGCUGUGGAGCUUCAGGUGAAGAUGAGGGAACUCCAGAGAUUCCUGAUGAAUGAACCGCACUCCGAGGUGGUUGGUUCAUCCUGAUCUUUGUCAGGAUUUCAACGCAGAAAAUAAAACCCGGCUUCAUGUGAGUCGCUCUGCUGCCUCCAUGUUGGGACGCCACCAAACUGCUGCUGCUCCAUCAGGAACAUCUCUGUGGUUCAAUUCUUCUUCAUUUGCUGCUUUUUCCUGCACCAGAUUCCUGGUUCUGGAGAUGAUGGGAAUCUGUUGCUGGGCAGUUUGGCUCCUGUGAGCUCAGAGGUUCCAAGGUGUUCUAAAAGCCUAAAGAGUAUUUAUUCCAGUCAGAGACCCUGUAGUCACAGCUGAUGGUGGAGAUGAAGGAUUCAGAGACAGGAAACGUUGAGCCGGCGGUGCAAACGUGCUUCAGUUGGGACGUGAUUCCAGGAUCCAGAUUUCCUCUCAGAGCACUUUAUUCCUGCAGGACCGAAGCCUGGCGGAGAACACAGAGGAACCACACUGAUGGGUCAAAGUCUAAGCCAAAUGAAACCAACGUGUUCUUCAGCUGGCAGGAGAUCCGGCUGCAGAAUGACGUGUUUUUAUUCUUUGCAUCAUGUGAAAAUGAAUCCAUAAAACUAUUCCCUUUUGUUCCUGAACUGUGACCUGCUCCUACAUGAAGAACUGAAUCAUUCCUGUUUGUCAUUAAAACACAUCACUUAUCAGCAGCUGGUCCAUCAGAAGGUCAUUCAUCAGCAGCUGGUCCAUCAGAAGGUCAUUCAUCUGCAGCUGGUCCAUCAGAAGGUCAUUCAUCAGCAGCUGGUCCAUCAGA